GAGCGGAGCGCGUGGGCCCCCGGCGCCUGCGGGGCAGGACGGCCACAGCGGCCUCCCCCAGCCGUCGCGCCGAGGCCGGGCCUGCUCGUCGCGGCCGGUUCUGCGGGUCCCGGGGGGCGUCCCGGGGCUGCGAGAGGCCGGGCCGCCGCGAGGCGUGGAUGAGAAAGGAUGACAGUGAAGCUGGGCGACGGCGGCGGCGGCGAGGACGGGCUCAAGAAGCUGGGCAAGCGGGCGGCGGAGGACGAGGCGCUGGCCGGAGACGCGCCCGGCGGGGCGGACGCGGCGGAGGACGGCGCCACAAAGCGCGACGAGCCGCCCCCGCGGGCCGGCGCCCCCGCGGCCCCGCCGCUCGGCAGCCCCCAGGACCAGCACCACUUCCUGCGCUCGAGCGUGCGGCCGCAGAGCAAGAGGCCGCGGAGGGACCCGCCGGGCGCGGGGGGCGGCGGCUCGGGGCCCCGCGGGAAAGGAGCCGAAGGUGGCGGGUCGGCAUCUGGAAAUGUGGCUGGGGUUGCCCCCAGUGCCCCUGCUGGGGGCUCACGCUCCUCCUCCCGGAACUUGGGAUCGUCAGGUGCCGAGAAGGAAGAAGGCAAAAAGGUGCGGCGACAGUGGGAGUCGUGGAGCACAGAGGACAAGAACACCUUCUUUGAGGGGCUGUACGAGCACGGGAAGGACUUCGAGGCGAUUCAGAACAACAUCGCCCUGAAGUACAAGAAGAAGGGCAAGCCCGCCAGCAUGGUGAAGAACAAGGAGCAGGUCCGGCACUUCUACUACCGCACGUGGCACAAGAUCACCAAGUACAUCGACUUCGGCAACGUGUUCUCCCGAGGCCUGAAGAAGUCGUCCCAGGAGCUGUACGGCCUCAUCUGCUACGGCGAGCUGCGGAAGAAGAUCGGCGGCUGUAUGGAUGACAAGAAUGCAACAAAGUUGAAUGAACUCAUUCAGGUCGGGGCGACGACCGUGCGCUACAAGGGGAGAAACCUGAGGAUCAAAGCGCCCAUGUGUCGAGCCCUGAAGAAGCUCUGUGACCCCGAUGGCUUGAGUGAUGAAGAGGACCAAAAGCCCGUUCGCCUCCCCCUGAAAGUUCCUGUGGAGCUCCAGCCACGGAACAACCACGCCUGGGCCCGCGUGCAGAGCCUCGCUCAGAAUCCGCGCCUCAGGAUGAUCGUGGAGCUGCACCGGAAGGUCUCCAGCCUCAUCGAGUUCUUAAAGCAGAAAUGGGCCCUGCAUGAGGUUCGGAUUCGCAAGACACUGGAGGAGCACCAGGUGCAGGGCCCACGCAGCCCACCAGCACAGGAGAGGGUGGCCCUGCACCUGUUCCCAGGUGAAAAUUGCACGCUGACCCCGCUGCCGGGUGUGGCCCGCGUGGUGCACUCCAAGGCCUUCUGCACAGUGCACUGGCAGGAGGGCGGCCGGUGCAAGCAGAGUUCCAAGGACACUCACUCACUGCCCCCUGCCCAGAUCCUGGGCAUCCCAGGUGGGCAGGGCACAGCCCGGGGCCAGGUGAAGUGCCCGCGCAGUGGUGCUGAGGGAAGGGCUGGGGGGCGGCCUCUCCCCACAGAUGCUUUACAGAGCUCAGGGGAUAGCUCACCCGAAAGUGGUCCUGGGGAGGGGCCUGCCCCCUGCCUCAGCAGCCCGAAUGCUGCUGACAGGCCUUCCCCUGGACACCAAGACGAGCCACACCUUGAGAAGACCUCUGGGGCUCCGACAGACGUGGGCGAGGGCCCCACGCGAGAGCCAGAGCCUUUGCCGUGUUCCUGCGGCCAACUCCCGGACCUGAAUGAUGAACUCUCGCUCCUUGACCCCCUGCCCCGCUACCUGAAGUCCUGUCAGGACCUCAUUGUCCCUGAGCAGUGCCGCUGCAUGGACUCUCAGCCUGGCAGGGAGCCCCCUCCUCCCAGGAGGGCACCCUCCCCAGAGACUCAUGCUCCUGGUAGGGGCGGUGAGGAGGUCACUGCCCCCAGCCCACCCGGCUCGGAGCCUCUGCCAGGCCCUGGGACGCCCCCGGAUACUUGCACUAAGGACUCUGCGGACAUUCCCGUGGAGGAGCCCCCACAGCCUCAGGGACAGCCGCCUCCUGCCAGGCCCCCAAAGGAGCUUCCUGCCAGCCGGCUGGCCCAGCAGCUCCGGGAGGAGGGCUGGAACCUGCAGACCUCCGAAAGCCUUACGCUGGCCGAAGUCUACCUCAUGAUGGGCAAGCCCAGUAAGCUGCAGCUGGAGUACGACUGGCUGGCGGUGCUGGGCCCCGAGGGCCGCCCUGGCUCCCCGCCCGCCGUGCACAGGCAGCGGCUCCUCAGCUGCCUGCUGAGGCUCAUCUCCACCGAGGUCAGCCCCAGGCUGGCUUCCGAAGGAGGUGCCGUGUCCACAGCCCCCGUGAGGCCUGCCCCGGAGGAGCAGUCGGCGACGCCCCCAGGGAAGAUGGCCACCAUCAGCUCUCGAAGCCCCCGCUGCCCUCGAAACCAGUCUGCCCUCCGCGGCAGCAAGACCUUCGCAGCGGGCUCCACACCCUGUGCCUCAGAUGUGAGGAAUCCUCCGCGACCCCUCCUAGUGGCCGGUCCCUCCAGCGCGGGCAGCAGGGACUCAGACGGCGGCCUCUUUGCUGUCCCUACAACCUUGCCCCCCAACAGCCGGCACGGGAAGCUCUUCUCCCCGAGUAAGGACGCAGAGCUGAGCUUCCGACAGCAUCUGAACUCUAUCAGCAUGCAGUCGGAUUUCUUUCUCCCCAAGCCCAGGAAGUUGCGGAAACGCCACCUGCGCAAGCCCCUGGUGGUACAGAGAAUGCUGCUUCCUAGGCCAUCUGAAGGCCAGUCCCAUAACGUCUGCUCCUUCUCCAUCCUGUCCAACUCCUCACUCACAGGGAGAGGCUCCUUCCGUCCCAUCCAGUCUUCUCUGAGCAAAGUGGCUGUGUCCCGACCGAUUGUGCCCAAGGCCCUUCCCCCCCAGGCCACGAGUUCCCUGGCCAGUGCUAUAGACCUGGCUGCAAAAAGCGCCGGCAUCCUCCCUGGGAGUCCCCUCCCCGUGCUGGACGCCGAGGGCUUGUCGGGCAUCUCGCCACUGGCUUCAGACAAGGUGGCAGCUGCUGCCUCAGCGCAGGACUCCACUGGAACCCACCGACAUGAAGACCCCGUCCGUUCAGUGGAGGGUUCAGGCAGCUCGUUCAUCAGCAUCCGCUCGAGGCCUGAGGAGCCCGUGGCAGACAGUUUCCAGGGCUCACCUGUUCUCUCCCUGUCUGAGCUGCCCAAGGCUCACCUCCAGAACGGCCUCUCCGCACCUGUGCCCUCCUCGGAAGGCUCCAGCACUCGGCUGUCUCCACCCAAUGUCUCCGCCCUGCUGGACAUUUCCCUGCCCGGCCCCCCCGAGGAUGUGCUGUCGCAGGGCGAGCCCGCCACACAGAUCAGUGACUCCAUCAUUGAGAUCGCCAUCAGCUCCGGACAGUUCGGGGAAGGAGUCCCUCUCUCUCCAGCCAAACUGAACGGCAGUGACAGCUCCAAGAGUCCUCACUCUCCACCCAGCAGCCCCCAGCCCAACUGGAUUGCCUCCCCCACCCAUGACCCCCAGUGGUACCCCAGUGACUCCACAGACUCCUCACUCAGCAGCCUGUUUGCGAGCUUCAUCUCCCCCGAGAAGAGCCGAAAGACGCUGCCGGCCACUGCUGGGGGCAACAGCAGCACUUGCUUGCUUGGCCCCACUCUGUUGGACGGGAACUCACGGGACUCAUUUGUGUCCAGGUCCCUGGCAGAUGUCACAGAGGUGGUCGACUCUCAGCUGGUGUGCAUGAUGAACGAGAACAGUAUUGACUACAUCUCUCGCUUCAACGACCUGGCCCAGGAGCUGGCCAUCACCGAGCCUGGCCGCCGAGAGGCUCUGUUUGACGGGAGCGGAGGUCCCCCUGUUGGUGACCUCUCGCAGUGAGCGGACCUCGUGGCAAGGGCCUUCUGGAGGCUCGAGGAGAGAGAUGAGGCCCUCUUCACCCUUGAGAAGACCUCGGUCCCCAGUCCCAGAGGAUGGGAUGGACAGAGGCCCGUCUGUCCCCC